AUGCUCCGCGUGACGCAUCUGGGACUUGCGGCGGCGCUGCUGCUGCUUGUGUUUGUGGCUGUGUUGUCAGUGUCUGCUGCAGAGGAGACCGUCACCUACUACGGCCGGCUGCAAAUGCCGCCGGCCUACCUGCGCCACCCCGACUGCUUCCAGGAUCUCAACAACAUCCAACCCGGCAGCGUGCUGCUAUACAAUGGCCAGCACCACUUCGUCGUACCUACAGCUCGCGACGGCACCUUCAGCGUGUACAAGCUUCCGUACGGCACGUACAUCUUACAGGCAGAGUACCACGACUUUGCGUUUCCGACUGUGCGCGUUGAGGUCAUGUACCGCGAGACCAGCGGUGGCAACCACGAACCCUUCAUCCGCACCUUGGCGAACGACUACCCCGUGAACCAGCUCGAGGGUAGCGGGCUCGACGAGGAGAGCCCUGCGGUGAUUCCCAUUUCUGCCUACCACAGCUACUACAUCCCCCGCCAGCAGAUGGAUUUGGUAAGUCUUCUCAAGAGCCCCAUGGUGAUUAUGCUGCUCAUCUCGGCCUUGCUGAUGGGUCUCCUGAAGCUGUUCCCUGAGGAGGAGCUUCGUGAGUCGCAGAAGGUGACGCGCGAAUGGCAGAAGAACCUCGUGCAGCGCAUGUCGACUAACAAUCCCGACGCCGCCAAGAGGCGCACCAUCACCAAGUAG